GUCCACGCCUCUAAAAGCAACAGCAUGAACGUGUGGGGAGGGCUGCAGGGGAUGAUACGCGAAGGGGGCGUCCGGUCCUUGUGGCGAGGCAACGGCAUCAACGUGCUGAAGAUCGCCCCGGAAUCUGCGAUCAAAUUCAUGGCUUACGAGCAGAUCAAGCGGGCCAUUCGUGGGCAGCAGGAGACCCUGAGGGUGCAGGAGAGAUUCGUCGCCGGCUCGCUGGCCGGUGUCACGGCCCAGACCAUCAUCUACCCCAUGGAGGUUCUGAAGACGCGGCUGACCCUGCGCAAAACCGGGCAGUACGCGGGAGUAGCCGACUGUGCAAAGAAGAUCCUGCGGAGGGAAGGGAUCCGUGCCUUUUACAAGGGAUACCUGCCAAAUAUGCUGGGCAUUAUCCCCUACGCUGGCAUCGACCUGGCCGUUUAUGAG